AUGCCUUCGUAUCUCCUCCCCACGACCAAUGGCAUCGACUGGUCUUCUGAACAGCCUCCAACCUAUGAUGUGCCUAAUCCUAGACAAAUCUUGCGCAUCUGUUUAAACCUGAAAUAUCUUAUAGACAAAGUGGUGCCGAUCCUUUAUGAUGAGAAAUUGAUUAUGUGUGACCACUCGCGGAUUCUGAACAAGCACGUCCUUUCUUUGGCACGGGAAGCGUGCGGUGGGAAAAAAGAUGACCCAAAGUCCAUUCACAAGUAUCAAUCAGUAAUCAUCUUUUCGUUGCUGAAAGUUUGCAGUUGGUACUGGGACCUCGCUGCAACAGAAUUGCACAAUGCUGAGCUCUACUGUCUAAGAGCCUCAGCAGCACAACAGCUGUGCAAACUGGUCAUAGAGCAAGAAGAGGGACGCGAAGCGCAGUUUCUGUUUAUUCAAAUGCUCUGUCGUCGAUACGUGAUCAACGAAAACGACGAGGACUCAAUUGCGGAAAAUGCCUUGGAACUUGCAAUGGACAUGCAUUGCACCACGGUCAUUGGGUCCAGUGGCUACCAGAGGUGUCUAAAAUGGCUAUGGCGUGGGUGGAUCAUUCAGAGUAGGUGCGACCAUAAAUCAUAUGUGAUUUGCGACUCCGUAUCGUCUUCAAAGUUCACACGCCAUUUCCAUCCUGACCGCUUGAAAACUCCAAUGUACCAAAACAUCAUCAACAUCAUGUUCUCCUUCGUGUUUCUUGUACUUUACACGGUGGUCGUCAACAGCAAGGACUCUAAGGCGGUGCAACCCAUCGAGUUUUUGGAAGGUAUUUUUUAUUUUUUCACGUUAGGAAGCGUUCUAGAUGAGAUCUCAAAAUGCUACCAUGUUGGAUGGUCGUAUAUUGGGUUUUGGAACUCCUUCAAUGGCGCCAUGUAUUUCAUCAUCAUGUCGUCAAUGAUUUUGCGAGUCGUCAGUGUCAGUCCUAUUCAGACACAUUACCCAGCAGAGUAUUGGGAUAAGAUUUCCUACAGAAUACUUUCUUGCGCAGCACCUAUGGUGUGGACUCGUCUUCUACUCUAUCUAGAGUCAAAACGUUUUGUGGGUGCUUUGCUAGUGAUUUUGAAGCAUAUGAUGAAAGAGUCCAUUGUGUUCUUUUUUUUGCUGCUUCUAAUCGUGCUUGGAUUCUUACAAGGUUUUGUCGGGCUAGAUUCCUCAGAUGGUAACCGCGAGAUCACCUGGCCCAUUGUGUCGAACCUCUUGCUGACAGUACUAGGUGCUGGUAGGUUCGAUAUGUUCGAUGAUUUUGCGCCACCAUUUGCGACCAUCCUCUACUACUCCUACUCAUUCGUGGUAUCCGUCAUCCUGCUCAACAUUCUCAUUGCGUUGUACAGUACCGCCUACGAGAAGGUUAUUGAUAAUGCUGUUGACGAAUACAUGGCCUUGAUGGCUCAGAAAACCCUGAGGUACAUAAGAGCCCCCGAUGAGGACGUUUAUGUCCCUCCUCUGAAUUUGGUUGAGCUUUUCUUGACACCAUUCUUGCACUUUCUUCCUCCCAAGAUGGCCAAAAGAAUCAGCGUUUUUGUAAUGACUAUUCUCUACUUCCCAUUGCUACUCGGAGUUGCUGUUAAAGAAGUCAGGGAAGCCAAACGUGUCUUUUACAAUAGAAUGAAGAAGCAGGAAGAUGAUGCCAACGAGACGGAUGUGGCAUGGGACCUAACGGACGGUUACGUUGACGAGGCUGACGGAUGGAUUCCAAACAGCGAGUCGUCUGGUAUUAUGGCAACGCAGAAAAGAAACAAACGGUCUCUCAAAUUACAAAAAGACGCUGAAAACGCAGACCCGGACUUCAAAGUUAAGGGGGAGUGGUUUCAGAGUGUCAAGUCCGCAAUCCAACCGGUUGAACAUGGCUUUACAUCAGGUAUUGGGUGGGAAAUGUAUGACGUUUAUCGGGAAGCGACGGAACAGAGAGAAGCGAGCGAUAAGAAGAUCGAUGAGCUAACCAUGAUGGUCGAAAGUCUCACAAAGAUGGUCAAAGAGUUGGCUCCGCAGUCGGACUCUUCAGAAAAAUAG